AACUAUAAAUUGUUUAUCUUUAUUAUUAAUUAUAUUGUAAACAUUGUAAACCAAUAAACUAAUUACCUAUUUAAUUAUUUACAAUAUAUUUUCACUGUCAAUUUGUCAUAUUAUGUCACUUGCUGUUUAAAAUUAGUACUAUUUACUCCAAAUACCGGUUUAUUGUUGAAUGUGUAUACUAUGACCGAUAAAAAGUAAUUUAAAAGUUAGCAAUUUGUAAACAAUUGAAGUGUAUUAUACGAAUUCAGUUUUUUCUUCUCAAUUUUCGGGCCUUUGAUUAAUUUUUAAAUGCAUCAUAAAUCAUAAUACAUUUAAAGUAUCAAAAAUACUAACUGCAGCCCAAUAUCUGAGAAUUGAUUUUUCAAUUUUGUAACCACAUAUUUCAUGAGUUUAAAUAAACCAGAAAAGAUGCCUUCGUUGGACGCAAACGUUGUGAAAAUAGCGGUUGAAAUGGAAUCUGAAAAUCCACAACUUAAAGAAUUCAAUCAAAAGAUACCUUUAACCAACAUAAUCCAGGACUUGUGUAGUGGUUGGGACUUAACUGAUCCUGAACAAUAUGCUUUGAAAUUUUCUGAAAAAACAAACCAAAACUAUGUCACUGAAAAAAAUAGGAAUGAAAUUAAAAAUGGUUCUGUAUUGAGACUUGCAUUUUCUCCUUCUAAGAUUGCAUACGACAUACUGCAAACACUUCAUUCUGAAGGUUCUGACGAUAAAAAUGAAAGAACUUCUGCCCUACAAAAGUUAGCAGAAUGUAGUACUGAUAUAACAUUUGCUCUUGAAUUCAUAAAUAAACAAGGAUUGGCUUUAAUUAUAAGCUUAAUUGAAAGAGGUAAAUGUCAAGGAGCAAUGUUAGCUAAUGCGCUUGCUUCAUUUGUCGAGUUAAUGGACCAUGGAAUUGUAUCUUGGGAUAUUUUAGAAACUCCAUUUAUUAAUAUGGUUGCCAGCUAUGUUAAUAAUCAAACAUCUAGGCCACAAGAAGCAAAAGUUGUACAAUCUUCAUUAUCUAUAUUAGAAAGUAUUGUUCUAAACAGUUCUGCUAAGUAUGGUCAAGUAGAAAAAGAAGUAGGAUUUCCUAACCUUGUACUACGUCUUGAAAAUCAAAAUCCGAUCAUCCAACAAAAUGCACUCUCUUUGAUAAAUGCUUUAUUUUUGAAAGCCGAUCCAGCUAAAAGAAAAAUUAUUGCUAGUACCUUAUGUACGAAGCAAGUUCGCAAUGUUAUACUACAAAAUAUCAUACAAACAUCAUCUGGUGAAGUUGGAUCUGAAAUGGCUCACCAACUUUAUGUGAUGCAAACAUUAUGUUUUGGACUGCUUGAAGAAAGAAUGAAUACCAAAAUGGACCCACAAGAUCAAGAUGCUCACGAAAAGAUUAAGGAGUUGCGAAAGAUUGCAUUUGAAUUGGAUACAAUUAGUGGUGGAGAUGCUAGUAGACGACAACUUAGUCCAUUUACCAAAGAUUAUAAAAAAUUGGGCUUUAAAUAUGACAUAAAUCCUGCAUUAGAUUUUACAGAGACUCCUCCCGGAAUGUUAGCUUUAGAUUGUAUGGUAUAUUUUGCUCGUAAUCAUGUUGAUGCUUAUACAAAAGUUGUUCUUGAGAAUUCAUGUAGAGCAGAUGAACAUGAAUGUCCUUUUGGUCGAUCAUCUGUUGAAUUAGUACGUUUACUUUGCAACAUACUUAGGAUUGGCGAACUUCCCAGCGAACAAACUACUACAUAUCAUCAAAUAUUUUUUAGCCAUGAUCAUCCUUUCCAUGAAUUAUAUUGUGUUUGUAUUGUAUUACUAAAUAAAACAUGGAAGGAAAUGAGAGCAACAACUGAAGAUUUUGUCAAAGUAUUAAGUGUUGUACGGGAACAAAUCACUAGAGCUUUAGGUUCACAACCAGCUAAUUUGGAAAAACUUCGACAAAAAUUAUCUACUCUCACUUAUUCUGAAAUAACUAAUCUAUGGCAACAAGAACGUACUUCUAGAGAGCAAUGGGAGAGCCAUGCUCGACCUAUAGUACAACUUAAAGAGUUAGUUACUCCUGAGAUUGUGCAACUUAUUAAAAAACAACGACUCAACUACAUGGUUGAUGGGACUCGUUUUACUAAAUAUUCACAGCGUGGGCAGAGAGUUAAAGAUAAGUUUUGGUUUGUAAGAUUAUCACAAAACCAUAAAGUUUUACACUAUGGUGAUUGUGAUGAUAAAAGUGUCCCUACAAUUGAAGAACUGCCAAAUAAGUUGGGAGUGGUCGAUAUCAAAGCAUUGCUUACUGGUAAAGACUGUCCUCAUAUGAAAGAUGCCAAGGGCCGAAAAUCCACACAUCAAUUAGCUUUUUCAUUGACUUUAGAUUCUGUGGAAAUGACACCUCUUUAUUUUGUCGCUCCAGAUGAAAUGGUUUAUGAUUAUUGGGUUGACGGAAUAAAUGCAUUACUAGGAAAUAAAAUGACAAGUAAAGAAGCUGAGAAUGAUUUGGAAACAUUAUUAUCAAUGGAGAUAAAGCUUAGACUUCUGGAUGCCGAAGGAGUUGGAGUAGAUAUUCCUCAAGAUCCACCUCCUGUACCUGCUGAUCCACCAAACUAUGAAUUCUGUUACGAUUUUAAAUGAAGUUCUAAAAAAA